AUGUCGCCGCGUUUAGGAGGGCUACUUCAGCUCUCGCCCGUAUGGGGUGCCCCAUUGAUCACACCCCGGAUCCCCGUGCGCUCAUUCGGAAUCCGAUCCCUCAACCCGCCCAAACCGAGUCGUUUCAAUGUCGGCCCCGGGCUGCCAGUCCUCGAGUCGACUUCCACAGCGGCUCUCCGCCGCAAAGCCAAUUCCCUCCCGCUCCGCACUGGCGCUAUCGGCAUCAAGAAGGGCAUGACUGCUAUCUACGAUCCGGAGUCUGGAAAGCGCAUCCCCUGCACUGUCCUCCAGCUGGAUCGUGUCGAGGUGAUCUCCCACAAGACCCGUGAGAGACACGGUUACUAUGCUGUGCAGGUUGGUGCUGGCUGGAAACACCCGAAUAAUGUGACCAAGUCGUUGCUUGGACAUUUCUCGGUUAAUGGGCUGUCGCCUAAGCGCCAUAUCUUUGAGUUCCGUGUUAAGGACGAGGCGGGCCUUAUCCCUGUUGGUCAGAGUAUUGAGGCGGGUUGGUUCCAGGAGGGCCAGUUUGUUGAUGCUCGCUCCAAUACUAAGGGUAAGGGCUUUGCUGGUGUCAUGAAGAGACACGGUUUCCACGGUCAGGAUCGCAGUCACGGUGUUAGUUUGACGCAUCGUUCGAUGGGUUCUUCUGGUCCUGGUCAGGGUGGUGGUUCUCGUGUCUACCCCGGAAAGAAGAUGGCCGGAAACAUGGGCAAUAACCAGAAUACUGUUCAGAACUUGAAGAUUCUCAAGGUGGAUUCUGAGAAUGGUAUUGUGGUUGUCAGCGGUGCCGUCAGCGGUCCCAAGGGCUGUGUUGUGAGAAUUCAGGAUGCGAUCAAGAAGCCAUGGCCGGAAGUGCCACAGGCAGAGUCGGCAGAACCUGCCACGGAAGCCGCUACUGCUUGA